UGCCAGAGCACUAUUGUUGUGCGUGUUUGAAAUCUGAUCAAUCCUGUAGGAGGAGUAGCGAUUUUCAUGAAAUUGAACAUAACCCUAGCCUGGGCCCACCCAUCCUAAGCGUGACGCAACACGAGGGCCUGUUCCGAGCUUAGUCUGGCCAGGCAGGCUAUCUACAGCAUUUCCAAGCUCCCGAAAAAUCGGGAACCAAUCAACUUUGAGCAUCUCCAACGGCCCUGGGUAGAGGCGUGUUCAAGGCAGUGACGUAGUAGAACUGCGACCGGAAGCCAUAGAUUGUUUACAGAAUCUAUGCCGGAAGCGCUUCAUUCACAUCACGAACAUGGAGCAGCGGCAAGCCUUUAACACAGCGGUAGAUGCUGUAUUGAAAGCAUUCAAUGGGAAGUUCUCAUUGAAAACGGAGCAAAGAGCAGCCCUGGAGGUAUUUAUUGAAAGGAAGGACGUUUUCGCCUUGCUCCUGACUGGCUUCGGUAAGAGUUUAAUCUACCAGUUAGCCCCGCUGGUAGCCAAAUCAAUGGGGCUCAGCGAGAAUCCUAUCGUUGUGGUCGUCUCGCCUUUGAUCGCGCUAAUGGAGAACCAGGUUCGGGAGGCGACUGCCCUGGGUAUUUCUGCAGCCCAGCUGGACCCCGACAACGAAGCGUUAAUCAAAAGAGGCAGCUUCAACAUUGUAUUUGGCAGUCUGGAGUCGUGGCUGAGUGGCAAAUGGCGUGACAUGUUGGCCGACGAGGUCUACAAAGAAAAUCUCUUGGGCAUUGUCGUCGACGAGGUGCACCUCACCUAUAAAUGGGGAAGAGCUUCAAAAGGUCGAACUGCCGUCAGAGAGAGCUUUUCCAGACUGGGGGAACUUCACUCUAUUGUCAAACCAGGGACUCCUGUGAUGGCAUUGACCGCAUCUGCCGAUCUACAGUCCAGGGCCAUAGUGACGAGACAGCUGCAUAUGGACAACGCAACUACCCUGACUGUUAGUCCCAACAGACAGAACAUCCGACUGGGGCUGCAUCAACUCCUCAACCGACUCCCUCGACUGCCUGGACUGGGUCGUAAAGGAUGUGAAAGAGAAGCAUGCUGACAUGUUGCCGGUGCUCAUCUACUGUCGGACUGUGAACACUGUUGCGUGGGUGUUUUGCCAUCUGAAGGCUGAGCUGGGUGACAAGGCCUGGGUUGCUGGAGAGCAGAUAGGUGACAACCUGCUCAUAGGCAUGUUCCACAGUCACACUCUUCCAGCAAACAAAAGCAGAGUACUCUCAGCACUGACAGGAAAAGGCAAUUGCAGAAUUGUGGUGGCUACCACUGCUCUGGGAGUGGGGUUAAAUUUUUCAAACGUGUCCCAUGUGGUAAUGUAUGGGGUACCUGAGGACACUGAGGCCAUGCUGCAGCAGAUAGGUAGGGCUGGCAGAGACGGCUCACAGGCCCAUGCUGUUGUUUAUGCCACCACAAACAGGAAUACAGAUGAGGCAGUGUGAAGAGUGAUCAGCCACAGGAAAAACAAUUGUUUUCGCAUUGCAUUGUAUUCUCACUUUGAGAAAGAUGUGACUAGUUUUGAACCCGGCCAUUCCUGUUGUACUCACUGCCAUUCUAUUUGCAAAUGUACCUCUGUUGGUUGCCCUGUAUCACCACCUGUGUAUGAAUUGGCAGAGCCAAUUUCAACCCAAUCACCUUUGAAAUGCAGAGAUGUUACCUCAGAUGACCAGAACUUGGUCCGGGAGCUUUUGCUUCAGUAUAGGCAAAGUCUAGUCCAGGACCACACACGCCUCUACACCAGUAUCACAGCUUGCACUGGAUUUA